GUAGGCGCAGGGCGCAAGGCGACGGUUGCGCAGUGGCGGUGCCCGGCGAGCGCGGCGCGUGGCAGGAAGCGGAAGGGGGCGGCCGGGCUCGAGCCCUGACGUGUCUCUCCGAGGCCGCCGAUCUCUCCGCGCUCCCGUCCGGCGGCCGCCAUGGGCAUAAAAUUUCUUGAAGUAAUCAAGCCCUUCUGUGUUAUCUUGCCUGAAAUCCAAAAGCCAGAACGGAAGAUUCAGUUUAAGGAGAAGGUGCUAUGGACAGCUAUCACACUCUUCAUCUUCCUAGUAUGCUGCCAGAUUCCCUUGUUUGGUAUCAUGUCGUCAGACUCAGCAGAUCCUUUCUACUGGAUGAGAGUGAUUUUGGCAUCAAAUAGAGGUACGUUGAUGGAACUGGGCAUUUCACCGAUUGUCACUUCUGGGCUCAUCAUGCAGCUCUUGGCAGGUGCCAAGAUAAUUGAAGUUGGGGACACCCCGAAGGACAGAGCUCUCUUCAACGGAGCACAGAAACUGUUUGGAAUGAUCAUUACCAUCGGACAGUCUAUUGUCUAUGUGAUGACUGGAAUGUAUGGAGACCCAUCUGAGAUGGGUGCUGGUAUCUGCUUGCUUAUCACAAUCCAGCUUUUUGUCGCUGGAUUGAUAGUUCUGCUCUUGGAUGAGCUCCUCCAGAAGGGAUACGGGCUGGGUUCUGGCAUCUCUCUUUUCAUUGCUACCAACAUCUGUGAGACAAUUGUCUGGAAAGCGUUCAGCCCCACCACCGUGAACACGGGACGAGGCAUGGAAUUCGAGGGAGCCAUCAUCGCUCUGUUCCAUCUGCUGGCUACUCGUACAGACAAAGUCAGAGCUCUUCGAGAGGCCUUUUACCGCCAGAAUCUCCCCAACCUUAUGAAUCUGAUUGCCACCAUCUUUGUCUUUGCUAUUGUGAUUUAUUUCCAGGGCUUCAGAGUGGAUCUUCCUAUCAAAUCUGCUCGCUACCGUGGCCAGUACAACACCUACCCCAUCAAGCUGUUCUAUACUUCCAACAUUCCCAUUAUUCUUCAGUCUGCCUUGGUGUCAAACUUGUACGUCAUCUCCCAGAUGCUUUCUGCUCGCUUCAGUGGCAACUUACUGGUUAGCCUGCUGGGCACUUGGUCUGACACGUCAUCUGGAGGCCCUGCUCGUGCUUAUCCCGUUGGUGGACUUUGUUAUUAUCUGUCACCUCCAGAGUCCUUUUCUUCGGUGUUAGAAGAUCCCGUCCAUGCAGUUGUUUAUAUCGUAUUUAUGUUGGGCUCCUGUGCUUUCUUCUCCAAGACAUGGAUUGAAGUCUCUGGCUCCUCUGCCAAAGAUGUUGCCAAACAAUUGAAAGAACAACAAAUGGUGAUGCGAGGCCACAGAGAAACUUCAAUGGUACAUGAACUGAACAGGUACAUCCCCACGGCCGCGGCGUUCGGUGGCCUCUGUAUUGGUGCCCUCUCUGUGUUGGCAGAUUUCCUCGGGGCAAUUGGGUCUGGAACUGGAAUUUUGCUCGCUGUCACUAUCAUUUAUCAGUACUUUGAAAUUUUUGUAAAGGAACAGAGUGAAGUUGGCAGUAUGGGAGCUCUGCUUUUCUAAACCUGGCUUCUCAUGGACCCAGGAAAGAGGGGAGGAGCAUUCUCCAAAUAUAGCCAGUCAGGUGAAAAGAAGUAAUGUAAACUUGAUCAUGUCAUUCUAUAGGAACACAUAUUUUAAUAAUGUUUCCAAAGUGCAUUCCCUUAUGUUCAAACUUUUCUAGCAUACUGUUUGCAUUUUAUAAAUUGCUGAGGAACAAGUGCAAAGACUUUUUUUUUAAGAAAAUUGUUUUUUAAUUGCGUGAGGAGACUCCGCUUUCUGAAUUGGGUUUAGUUCAAUGACUGAAACUUUUUGAGCCCCUUUCGACAUUAGUAUACCUGGAGCCUUUACAGGUUUCAAUAAAUAAUUGUGGGGAGGGUUGAAUGUUUGGAAAGGACUUUUUUUCAAUUAAUUUGGUUUUUUUCAGCUCCUUUGCAGUAGUGGUGAGAAAAACCUCUCCCUCUGAUGCUCAUGUUCCAUAAUGACGGUUCCAAGCACAAACAGUGUUCCGUAUGUUCAGUUUUGUGUUUAUUUUUUUCAGUACAGCAGAUUUGGGAGGCAGUUGUUUCUUUUUACUAAACGAUAUCUCUAAUUCCUGCUGUCUUGUCAUUACUACACUACCCCUUGUCAGAGGUUGAACAUUGGCUUGAGACUGUUGUCAGCUCUCUGUGUCAGGCAGGACCGUGUUCUUUCCCACCAUCACUCUUCCAUCAGCAGAAAACUCAGGUCAGUGUAGAUUCUGCUGGAGUCUGUGCCUCGGAGUUGCAGCUUUGAAACUUGGUCACACUGGCAGCUUAGUGAAACCUAAUUAGCUGUCAUUGUCGUUAGCGGCCGUACUUGUAGUUCUGAUGCUCGCUGAAAGAACUGGAUGUUACGGCUGCUUAGAUGCAAAUCUGCUUGUGCUCUUUGCUAAAGCUGAGUUUCUCUUGUUGAUGAUGAAUUCUGGUCUUGUAGCAAUCGGGAUGUUAUCUGGCUACUCAUACCUAGUGAAUUUUGGAGUGUGAAAAGACUGUGUUACUGGUCUGUAUCUCUAGAUAUAGAUAACUCCUAUAAGUUGCUUCCAUAGAAGGAUUUUCCAUCCUUUAAUCUCAUUGACUUGAAUGGUGGAUGGCAAAGUGCUUGAUCAGAAGGUAUUUGGGUUCCUCCUUUGUUGAGGAUCAUGCCUUCAGAUUGGAGACGUUACCAGCUUUAGAUAAAGGACCAGAAUCAUACUUAAUGCUCCAUUAUAAUUUAGAUCAUCAGUACUAAUCAGGUGCCUCGGACCAAAUGCAAAUAUUUGCGUGAGUCUUGUAAAGAUGUUUUUCCUCAAUCAGUAUUGGACAACGUGGAAACGAGAACUCAAAACGUUGGAAUGUCUCUCCGCUGCAACAACACGGCUUUGGGCGUUUUUGCAUGUUGGGCUGCCAGUGUACGAGUUGCUGUUUCUGCUUGGAGUGCUGAGACUCUGUUCCGUACCCAAGGGGCACAGAUGACAUCCGGAAGCCCUUGUUAAUGCACUGAGCUCAAACAUCAAACGUGUGAGAAAUCUGCCAGUUUGGAAUGAGACACAGCCGGGGGUGAGGAUCACAAUUGGGAAAGGAAAAUUUAUUGGGAUAAAGUAGCCACCACCAACCACUCGCUAUUACUUCACACUACAUUCAAUGAUUUUCUGUCUUUCCUCAAGUAGUAGUAUGGCACAGCACAAAUUCGGUGUGAAAUAAGGGAUGGUUUAAAAGUGAGUUUAAAAGGAGAGGGAUGGAACACGGUGUGAUUCUUCUGCUUUGAGGAUGUUCGUUGUUUUAUUUCCAGGAAGCCCAGUACAAAUUUUGUGUUAAAAUACAAAGGACUCCACUUUUGGGCACACGGUUCUGGCUGGGCUGGAGCUGUACUUGUAUUUUUAGUCACAUGUGUUUGAACCGGUUGCGGUUUAGACCGUUGGCUCUUCAGUGUCUAAGCAGCACUCAUUCUACGCAUCUGUAUUUUUGUUGUCUAGUGCUGGAAUUCUUGUCUCUUAUCAAGCAGCUAUGUCCUCAGAGCAGGACCUGCUGAUCAUACAGUGGAUGUUCACAAGAAGAAAUAAUGCCUAAACAAUCUGCUUUAUAACGAAAUAAAGUACAUCUUUGGAGCUA